ACAUCGGGAACGUCAAAACCCUAUUUACCACUCUCCCCACUUAUAAAAAACUUGUAUCUAUCUAUUCUGCUAUUCUAUCUCUAUCUCUAACAUUUUCUCUGCAGACGACGAGGCCGAACCCUAACUCUCUUCAAUUCUCUCAGAUCUACACUCAAGGAUGGGCGAGAACAAGGACAACGACGCGUACGAAGAGGAGCUCAUCGAUUACGAGGAGGAAGAUGAGAAAGCGCCUGACUCCGUCGCCGCCAAGACGAACGGCGAGUCCGUUAAAAAGGGAUACGUAGGCAUUCACAGUUCAGGAUUUAGAGACUUUCUUUUGAAACCAGAACUCCUGCGAGCUAUUGUGGAUUCUGGGUUUGAGCAUCCGUCCGAAGUGCAACACGAGUGUAUCCCUCAAGCUAUCUUGGGCAUGGAUGUUAUCUGCCAAGCAAAAUCUGGAAUGGGAAAAACUGCUGUUUUUGUUCUGUCUACACUGCAGCAAAUUGAGCCGGUUGCCGGUCAAGUUGCUGCACUUGUUCUGUGUCACACAAGAGAACUGGCUUAUCAGAUCUGCCACGAGUUUGAGAGGUUUAGCACAUACUUACCUGACAUUAAAGUUGCAGUCUUUUAUGGCGGCGUCAACAUUAAAAUCCACAAGGACCUUCUGAAGAAUGAGUGCCCUCAUAUCGUUGUUGGUACACCUGGUCGGGUGCUUGCACUUGCAAGAGACAAGGAACUAGCACUGAGGAAUGUGAGGCACUUCAUUCUUGAUGAAUGUGAUAAGAUGCUUGAGUCGCUUGACAUGAGAAGAGACGUUCAGGAAAUUUUCAAAAUGACUCCCCAUGACAAACAAGUUAUGAUGUUUUCUGCAACAUUGAGCAAGGAAAUCCGGCCUGUCUGCAAGAAAUUUAUGCAAGAUCCAAUGGAAAUUUAUGUGGAUGAUGAAGCCAAACUGACCCUACAUGGUCUUGUACAGCAUUACAUCAAACUGAGUGAGCUGGAGAAAAAUCGGAAGCUGAAUGAUCUUCUAGAUGCCCUGGACUUCAACCAAGUUGUUAUAUUUGUCAAAAGUGUUAGCAGGGCAGCUGAGCUGAACAAAUUACUUGUUGAAUGCAAUUUUCCAUCGAUCUGUAUCCACUCUGGCAUGUCACAAGAAGAAAGGUUAACAAGAUACAAGAAUUUUAAAGAGGGGCAUAAAAGGAUUCUCGUGGCAACUGAUUUGGUGGGUAGGGGCAUUGACAUAGAACGGGUCAACAUUGUCAUUAACUAUGACAUGCCAGAUUCUGCAGAUACAUAUCUUCACAGGGUUGGUCGUGCGGGUAGAUUUGGAACUAAAGGGCUUGCAAUCACUUUUGUAGCUUCUGCCUCCGACUCUGAUGUGCUUAAUCAGGUUCAGGAGAGGUUUGAGGUGGAUAUAAAGGGGCUUCCUGAGCAGAUUGAUACUUCUACAUAUAUGCCUUCAUAAUGUUGGUGGCAUGCAAGCUUUUGGUAUGGAAUGAUGUAUGGUCAGCAACAUUCAAGCUCUCAGAUCACAAUCUGAGUAUCUUUGAAUUACAACUGCUUUGUACUGUAUUAACUUAUUUUCUCGUAGUGAAGUACUAUGUUUUCAUGAAUUCAAUACUUUUAUUUAGAUACUUCUAAAUACAUUGCAAUCAGGAUGCAGUGAUGCUUGAGAGGUUCUUUAGUUGACUUAAAAACAAUAGAUUCAUUUAGCUUUUAGAAGUAA